AUGGCAGUUAGUCAAGCACUAGACAAACACAACUGCUUGGUUAUCUCACCAGCUCAGAUAGAUGAGAGCUUUCCUUGGGCACACUUCUCACUGGUUAUUGAGUAUGAAGCCUACCCCAACAGCCCCUGGAAAGAGCUAUGCUUGCGUCAAAAUAUCAGGCACAUUGAACUACGAUGUAUGAGUUCUGUUGGAGUAGGAGCUGAUCUGGGUCGUCUUAGUUUAACAGAUGGUGAUGACAAGAAAGCUGAUGAUAAGUCCAAGCAGAUUCCACUCAAACUGAUAGGGUUUGAUAAUGUCAUUAAUUCAUCCAAGCUGCUACAUACACUCGAAACAAGGUUCAACAUUCUGAUCGUUGAGAGGACUUCUACCUCCCUUCGCAACUCUUCUUCAUCUCAACUCAUCUCUGCUGACCUGAUUGUUGAUGAAAGGACAGGUGCUAUCAUCGUAGGAUUGGAAAGCUUACAGAUAGAUGGUGCUGUAGAGCCUCUGGUUCAUCGUAUCACUCUACUAUCACAGCAGUUUUGCUUGCUGUGGGUCAUUCUGGAAGGGAAUGGUCAUAAUAACAGCUAUGCUCUUGGCGGUCAUGUUGUAGCAAACACCAGCAAGCUUCAAGCAGCUCUUUCACAGUUCACUGCCAAGUCCUAUGAUUUUGAAGUAAAGGUGAUGUACUCUGAUGAUAGUACGAGUACAGCUUCUACAAUCAGCAUGAUCUGUGAUGUAUGUCAGAAGGCAUCAACAGCAGUAUGGCACCAUGAUGACUGGCUUCAUAGACCAUGGCUCACUGACAGACUCAGCAAGCAUGAGAGGUUCUUGUCGAGUUUUCCAUGUGUGAACUCCUUCACUGCCCAAGUCAUGCUUACUGCUGCCCCACUACCAGUGCUGCUGAAAGCUCCGCUCACAUAUCUCUCAAAGCUCUGUCCAUGGAUUCCAACCAGAAUCAUCUCUAAUUUCUACAAGCUUGUGCAUGAUGAGAGUCCUUUUUAUGAUCGGCCUUCAAAAGCCCCUAUGUUACAGAGGAGGGAUGAGUCAAGGGAUGGCCAAACUGAGCCCAUCCUCCAGGAUAGAACAAUUGUCAAUCAAGGAAGCAGGAAGGUCAUUGCAGAUGCAACAAGAAAUCAGGAAGAUAUGAGACAUUUUGACCUUCACCACCAAGAGCAUGGAGGAUCAAAGGAAUGGAGCAUGCUGCAAAAUGGACGCAAGACCCACAGUAGAGAUGACCUGAGGCAGUCACAUCAGGAUGUUCCUGUUAAAAUCAAGUCUGAACCAGUUGAUUCUCCUGUUUAUGACCUUGAUGGUCAAGCUAUGUAUCCUCUCAUCAAGGCAUUAUUCAGAGGCAUUUGA